UUUUGUUUUUAAUCCGGUUACAAACUGAUAGCGCGAAUCACGGUUGCAGUGAUGUGGUUGGUGACACUUCGCCGAGGCGAGCUCCCCUGGUAAACAGUGCUUCUCUGCUCUGGUUUUUCAAGUGGUUUGUGAGGAGUUUUGUAUCAACAAAAUGUCGAACUCUGAGAGGCCAAAGACCUUGCUGCGAGCGGCAAACGAUACUUUGAGGGUUUACGCUGCAGCCGCGGUGUUGAGUUUGCUUUUGAUUAUUUUCAUUCCAUCUUGGAUACGAUGGCUUUGGUUUACUCUAUCCGGUUUAGUGUUACUGGUCAGUAUUUUGGCAAAUUUCGUGGAAGACUGGAAACCGAAGAGUCGAGUGCCUGUCAACUCGAAAGCUGUUGUUAUCACAGGGUGCGAUAGCGGAUUCGGUCACGACCUCGCCCAAAGGCUUGACGAUUUAGGCCUGCAGGUGUUUGCAGGCUGCCUGAACCCUGAGGGUGAGGGGGCGAAGAACCUCAAGAAGUCUGCAUCAGCUAAACUGCAGGUGUUGCCCUUGGACGUCUCUUCCGAGGAGAGUGUCGACAAAUUUCAUAAACAAGUGGUACAGAAAAUCAAGGACAACAAACUCUGGGCAGUCGUUUGUAAUGCUGGUAUGAAUGAUGGUGCUGAGAUCUUCUGGACCAAUACAGACAUCAUCCAAAGAGUCAUAGACGUGAACACCUUCGGUGUAGUUCGAGUCACAAAAGCAUUUCUGCCUCAGCUUUGCAAGUCCAAAGGAAGAGUCGUCACAGUGUGCAGCGCAGCAAGUCUGUAUACGUAUGCCGGUAUGGUACCUUACUGCAUGAGUAAGCAUGCAGCGAAAAGCUUUUGCGAUGGCUUGCGUUUAGAAAUGUACAGAUUCGGCGUCAAAGUUGUGACAAUCGACCCUUGGAUGUACAAAACAAACAUAACAAAAGAAGAUUUUACUGUGAAAUAUAUUACUAAAACCUGGGAACAAGCUCCUGCAGAAAUUAAAGAAUUUUAUCCAGAAGAAUACUUUCAACGAUACAAAAAAGUCAUUAUCAGAUUUUUGAAUUAUGCUAUCAGUGAUAAACCACAACAAGUAAUUGAUUGUUUGGAAGAAGCCGUGAUGGCGUUAAGCCCGAAAUAUUCUUACAAUCCUGGUACAGUGUACUCCAGAUUAAGCUUCUGGUUAAUCAGAAGAUUGCCCAAGCAACUUGCAGACUUUAUACUGCAUGAAGAGUUCGCCACAAAAUGUUAACAUUAAGUAUAUAUUUCUAUACCUAUUUUAAGAAAAUAAAUUUUGAAAAUUUUAAAUUCAUUAAUUAAAUCAUUCGUUUAUGAUAUGUUAGAAUUACUUCGUUAGAAUUUAAAUGUUAUGAAGUAUCAUUGAUUCAAUGCAAAAUUUAUCCAAGCAAUCCAAAUCAUAUUGAUUUUAGCAUAUGCUUAUAUAUAUAUAUGUUUAUUUUCCCCUUCUUUUACGUAUUUUCCUUUAAUAAUAUUUUUUAGUAUUUAUUGUUGUAAUGUAUUCAUUUAAAUGAAUAAUUAUUUGAAUAGCCUUCAUAUAUACGCCAUUUUUUUCCAUUGUUGCUUUAAAUGUGUCUAAUUUUAUCUUUAAAAGAUAAGUGAAGAAUAAUUUUUUCUCUGUUUCCUCACGAAAACUUUUUUGUCGGACAUAUUUUUACUGUCAGUUCUAUUCAUCAUGAAGUUCAUAAGGAUUUAAUUCGAUUUAUACAAAUUACAUUAAUGUUGUUUUGAAAUUGUAAAAAUUUCUUUUUGUUUUGCAUUUUAAUUACUUUUAUAUGUAGGUAUUUUUUUCAGUAAUUCUUAAAAGUAUCUGUUAUUUCAAUAUAUUCAUCAUAUCUCUGUCUACCAAUAAUUUGAUAAAAAUAAAAAUAAAUAACUUGAUAAUUUGGUAAAUGUAAAGAAUUGAAAUAAUGAAUUAUUUAAUUAUUUCAUAAAUGUCUAAGUAUUCGUAUAAUAUUAAACAAAACCAUCUCACUAGCCAAUAUAUUUCUGGUUUUAAAGAUUUAUCUCAAGAGAUAUAAUGAAAAGUAAUGUGAAUAACAAUAAAAUUCAUUAGGGGUUAUUCAAUUCUGAUAGGAAGUUAAAAAUAUUAAGAUAUUUGAAAAUAUCCCCUGUCUUUCAUAUGAGCUUUUAGCGGUCACAUAUUUAAAAAUAAAAUGAAAAAUGUUAUGUCUUAUUUUUAGAAUUUUUAUAUUUUAUAGCUGUGAAAAUUUUAUUUUUAAUGUCAAAUGAAUAAAUAUUUUUUCAGAAA